UGCUAUAUCUCUAAUCUGCCUUUUCCUGACUCAAAUACGACCCCAGGCUGUGGGGAACAGGGUUCCCAUCUGUCCAGCUCCAUUCAGGGCGAACUAGUAAACCUCAGGGCCAGUUAGAAACUUCCUGAGACCCAGAUGGCGGAACAAGUUCAUUGCGGGAAUAACUCGGCGGCGAGUCACGGCCAACAAAGGAAGCCAAAAGCAUAUAAUAGUGGUCUCGCUCUUUGAGUCUUUCCUACCUCUUUGCCGCAAGUCGACCUUCACAAAAGCGGUAGUGACUGAGUUUAGGGGCUGUCGUCUCUAAAGGACGAGGUUAGGGUCAUGGUUGUUACGUGAGUCCACCGUACGCCAAACCCUUCAAUCACACAAGUGUAACAUGAACUCAGAGUCAAGAGGCGCACUUCUUUGUACCAAAUAUCAGCCCGAGGUGCACAAAGACUACCCCUGCAGAUCAUGAUAAAACCACCCCUAUGAAAAGGACGACAGGACCGCCCAUCGCACCAUCGUCCCCGUAGACCUAUACAUUUCCACAUUCUCAACCUGACCAAAGACUGCGCCAAAAUGAACUACCUCCUCGUCUUCCUCCCCACCCUCGCGGCCGCUGCCCAGCUGAGACCAACAAUCGUCGGCGGUACCGAGGUCUCGAUUGAAGACUACCCCUACCAAAUUGCCCUCCUCAAGGGUGGGACACUCAGAUGCGGCGGCAGCAUCAUCAGCCCGAAUCAGGCCGUCACAGCAGCACACUGCGUCUCCGACGUGCCCGCCAGCAAACUCAGUAUCCAUGCUGGAUCCUCCUCCUUCAACGAUGGUGGGAUAGUAGUAAACAUUUCAAGCAUUGCUGUGCAUUCGAAAUAUGACCAGGUGACGUUUGACAAUGAUAUCGCGAUCGUGACGCUUGCUGGGAGUCUGCCGUUUGGACCUGGGAUCGGCCUCGUGGGGUCCACUGAUCAUGGGGAGGGAACGCUUUCGGAUGGCGUCGACGUCGUUGUCUCAGGCUGGGGUUCGGUUCAGGAGGGUUGGCCUGCUUCACCCUCCCUUCAGGUUGUGACUGUGAACGUGGUUGAUGUGGACGAGUGCAGAGCCGGUUAUCACGACGUGGGCCUAAUCACAGAGAGUAUGUUCUGCGCGGGGGUUCCGGAGGGUGGGAAGGAUUCCUGCCAUGGCGAUAAUGGUGGUCCUGCCAUUGUGAACGGGGUCCUUAUUGGGGUUGUCUCGUGGGGACAUGGAUGUGGUUGGAAAGGGUAUCCGGGGGUCUACUCGAGCACGGCUUACUUGAGGGAUUUCAUUGCACAGAUGACGGGGCUUUAAGCUGGUCUUUAAGAGUUUAGGCAGCGGUAUUAGAGGCUCGAGUGUUUGUUCUAUUGGAUGAAGGUAACUAUUCAUAACCUGUGAUUGACGUGCCAACGGUCAGCCCGUCUUACUUGCCUAUUUUACGUCUUGUACCUCGCAUAUAAUUUCAGUCUCAAAAGUAUCUAGCAC